AGUCCCUCUUCAAACUUGUCUAUCAGCAUCAUCCACCCAGCAGCUUUUCACCAUAAUCGACGGCGUCAUUGACUAUCCAGGAGAUUUCGUCUUGAACAUCUAAGACCCGCUCCCGACACUUCCCGGUCGCGCCUCAGCAUUUAGAAGACAUCGAGCCAGUUAUUUGGAGCUACUAUCUUGUGCACUUGUUAUCUUUGUUGCAGCCACCCAGCCUUCAGCUCUACUAGAUACCUGACUCUCUCGAGACCAUGGCGGCUACCAUCGACAACACACAGUAUGCACCAGCACCACCUAUUUUUCAGAAGCGGAAACGUGCCGAUUCGGAAACUCAACCGUUAACACCCCCACUUUCCGUUGGUGAUUUCGAAGGGACCCGCCUGCUUUCGCGUGCUGUCAACGUCCUGUCAACCGCCGCAACCGCCCUCUCACAGGUCAGCAUCCUGUACGAAACAGACCCUGUAGCCAGAGAAGGCCUGCUCCAGGCAGUCGAGUGCGUCACCAAUGUCAAUGAGGCAGGUGGCAAACUUAUUAUUUGUGGUGUGGGCAAGAGCGGGCUGGUGGGACAAAAGAUGGUCGCGACCAUGAAGAGCCUGGGGAUAGGCAGCUCCUUCAUGCACGCAGCUGAGGCGAUUCAUGGCGACCUCGGAGAUAUCAGAAAGAACGAUGCCAUUAUGUUUAUCUCAUACUCUGGCAAGACAGGCGAGCUCAUGGCUCUGCUCGACCACAUCCCUUCGCAUACGCCCAUUAUCGCCGUCACGUCGCAUACACACCCCUCAGAGUGCCCACUGCUGAGCGAGCGCCCUGACGCUAUCCUGCUCCCUGCACCGAUUCACGAGCUGGAGGAAGUCUCCUUCGGCGUCUGUGCGCCCACAACCUCGACGACUGUAACGAUUGCUGUCGGAGAUAUGUUGGCGCUCACCGUAGCUGAGGCCUUGCAUCAGGAAGAGACGAAGAGCGUCUUCAAGAAGAACCACCCAGGAGGAGCGAUUGGUGCCAAGGCAAGGCGUCUGAAUGACAACACAGUGGAGAUCACCAUCAGCAAGUGCGAUGGCCGGAUCACACCGCCAGCCGCAUGAAGCAGCUUCUGAUGUCUUUUGGAGAUAUACCGUCUCGUGGACCAGCUCAUGGAGCAUGCCACAUCGAAGGGACACUGUACACUUGUGCUAACACAGUUAUACCCAUGCACACACUCUACACCCACGUGCUUUCAGGCACCAGUUGCGCAGCUGCGACGACUUCUGCGCUUGAACAAGAUACCCCAGAUUCCAGCAAGUGCAGUGCUGGACACAUAUUGUUGACUAGAAGAACGACAUGUAACGACCCAUGAACGAGCACCUCAGUGUACAGGCGAGGCGCGUGUGAACGCUUUUCGCAUACUAGAUUGGUUUCAAUUUGACGGACUUGAUGCAUACAUCGAUUGCCUGCUGCGCCAAGCACAUUCUUUUCGACUUCUUUCAGUGUUACUAAUUUCCGUUUAUGGGAGGAACAAGAACUAGAUCUGGCCCACGAAUUACACAACAACUUC